GUGACCCACCACAAGCUGCUGCCUGGAUUGGCCAAUGUAUCCUCUACUUGCUGAUAAUGGUGUUUGAGAAGACUGUGAUUAGCCUUGUCCUGCUUAUCCCUGGUUGGACAAAGCUUCAGCAGAUCCUCCUGGGUUACAUCCCAAGCCCCCAGCUGGAGCUCAUCCUGGUCAUGCUUGUUGUGCCUUUUAUAGUCAAUGCCAUUAUGUUCUGGGUUGUGGACAGCUUGAUCAUGAAGAAAUACAAGCAGAAGGACACCCUGGACAUCAAUGGAUCCAUAGAAACUCCUCGGGCUAGGAGGAAUGAGGAAUCUCAGGUGCUGCUCUCUCCAGACAUGGAUUUUGAUCAGUCUGAAAGCGACCAGGAUAUUUCAGGACUCCAGGGAACAAACCAGAAGAUGAAGCAGCCCAGCUAUCAAGUGGUCAUCUGA